AUGGAUCAGUAUCUUGGAAAGGAUCUUUCACUUCAUUGGAACAACCGAGAGAGAGAAGAUGGAGUCAUUAUCAAUUGCAAGCACAAAAAAGUGGUCUUCACCCCAACUGGAGAAGAACCAUUCGCGUUCAAGGGAACAUCAAGAGAAAAGAAGUGCCCCAUGAUUUUUGCGAUGAAGGCGAGAAAAUUGUUGAGUGACGGAUGCAUUGGUUUUCUGGCAAACAUAGUGAAUAAGGAUAAAGAGACGAGUCAACAACGUUCUGAUGUACUGGUUGUGUGCAAGUUCCCCGACGUAUUUCCUGAAGAUAUCUCAGGGAUUCCACUAGACCGAGAGAUCGUGUUUGAGAUAGAGCUAAUUCUGGGAACUGCGUCGAUCUCAAAGACUCCUUACAGGAUGGUGCUAGCUGAUCUCAAGGAGUUGUAA